AGGCGUCGUCUCGAAGUAUAAAGUCGUUUUAAAAGUUACUUUUGAAGCCGUUAUUAUGAGUAAUUAUAUUGCAUUGGAUUGUGAGAUGGUUGGAAGUGGCAACCGAAGUUUACUAGCAAGGGUAUCAUUGGUUAACAACUACGGUUCCCUCGUAUACGAUAAAUACGUAAAACCGACUCAACAAGUAACGGAUUACCGUACUUUUGUAAGCGGUAUAAAACAACAUCAUUUGUCGUCAGGAGAAAAUUUUAAUACUGUUCAAAGGGAAGUGCAGAAUAUGAUACGUGGCAAAAUUUUAGUUGGCCAUUCAUUACAUUUCGACCUUGCAGCAUUAGGUCUGACGCACCCGGAGAGAGAUAUAAGAGAUAUCGCUAAAUAUGAGCCAUUUAAGAAGCUUAACAAUGGGAACACUCCAUCGCUACAGUUGUUGGCUCAACAUUAUCUCGGUCAGAACAUUCAGUCCGGGGAACAUGACUCUGCUGAAGAUGCCAAGGUCGCUAUGAGAGUGUACCAAAAAGUGGCUAAUAACUGGCCGUAAUAAUUAAAAAAAUAAUUUACAUCAACGACUUGAUUCUUUGUAAUAAUCUUUUUUAAUAAAUGAC